AUGUAAUACCAGAAUAGAACUAAAUUUGAGCAGGAGACUUAAAUUUUUUAUACAGUAAACAAAAAGAAGUUUGAUGAUGGAAGAUUUGAUCAGGAGAACGAAAAUAGAAAUUUAGUGCUCUAUGAAUUAGCAUAAUUAGAAAAUAUCUAGAAAUCCUAUUUAUAAGAUUUGGAAAUAAAAGACUCUAGCUUUUUUAAAUCAUUUGCAUUAAUAAAUGCUAUAUUUAUAGUUCAAUAAAAUAUGAGUAAUCUAAAAUAAAACUUUGAACAAAGAGAAGAUCGAUUAUUUGGAGUUUGGCUUUGGUAAUAAGGAGAACAACAUUUAGUAAUUGUAGAUGAUUAAAUACCUUGUAUAUUUAGAGGGAAUUAUCCUGAAUUAGCAACAAUAAUUUCAAAAUAUGAAUGGCCAAUUAUUUUAUAAAAAGCAAUAGGAAAAUUUUUAGGAUAUGGAUAUAAUUCAUUUAACAGCUUAAAAAAUGAAACAGUUGAUUUUUUUAUCUAAGUAGCAUUUAUAUAAUAUUAAAUUAGAUGAUAACAGGAUCAAUAAUUAUUGAAUAAGAAUUUUAAUCUAUUGAAGAAUUAGAAAAAAUAAGCAGAGAUAAAUAGGUCAUAUUAUUUGUUAAAUAUACUUAAAAUUCCUAAAUUAUAGCUUCUAUAAUUGAAUUUACAUAAAUUUAUAUGGAAGGAGAAUAAAGGUUGAUUAGAUUAAUUGCUCCAAACUAAUAAUCUGUUUUUGCAUAAGGUAAUAUUAAUAAUUGAAUUCUAAGGUAGAUCAAAAGAUUAUAGAUCAUGUUAUCUUAAUUGGUAAGAGUUUAAAUAGAAUUUUUAAACUGUUCAUUAAUUGAUUUGGAAGGAUGAUUAUCGAGUAACUCCAGUUCAAUUAAAGAAUCCAAGUGAGAGAAGUUUUGGUUCUAAUGAAAACACAUUAUAGAAUUAAUAUGGUUUUAUUGAACAUACAUAUUUAUAUAAAUUUAAAUUAGAUGAUGAUGAUAACAAUUACUAAAUUACUAUUUGGCAAAAAGAUUAUAUAAUCAAUGAAGGAAAGAUAGAAAUUUUAAAUAACUAUUCAAGUUAAAAAUUGGGUUUAAUUAGAAUUUUAUUAUUUCAAGAAUUUUAACCUAAUUAGUAUAAAUUUAUUGAUGGUAAUUGUAAUUUCUUAAGCUAUAUAUCUAUUAAUCAAAAACUUAAAAAAGGUGAUUACUUUAUACUCUGUCAAGGCUACUUUAACUAAUUACAAUAAAGGGACUUAACUCUUACAAUUAAAGGUCUAUAAGUACCACAAUCUAUUAUUCCAGAUCAAUAAUAGGAUUCAAAAUUAAUCAAAUUAAUUACAACCAUGAUAAUGAAUCAUACUUCAUUAGAAAACACGAGAUCAAUUUAAGAACCUCAGAUUCAAGUGACAACUAAUAAAGCGUACGGUUUUCUGUAUUUCUAUUAUAAAAAUAAAGGAACUAUUGAAAUUUAUGAACAAGUUAACUUUUAACAAUUAGGAUUCUUUAUUGAAUAUAAUUCAUUAACUCAAUAAUAAUAAUUUUAAAUCAAAGUUUAGUAAAAUCAUUUUUAAAUAUAAUUGUAUACUUUAGAUCCAAGAAUUAUAAUACAAUAAGAGAAUCUGAGUUUUAAAUAUUGCUAUACAUACAAUAAUUUAGAUAAAUAAUAAUAGUAAUAAUAGUAAGAAAAAUAAUAAUAAUAGUAAUUAUAGUAAUAAUAAUAGUAGUAAUAAUAGUAAUAAUAAUAAUAAUAGUAAUAAUAAUAGUAAUUGUAGAAAUUAUAGUAAUAAUAAAAAGGGCUGAUAAAUUGCAAUUAGGUAGAUGUAUCGAUAAAACAACAUAAACAAGGUAUAUAAAGAAAUAUAAUAAGGGAUUUGGAUAUAAUUUUAAAAUAAUUCUGA